GACUGUGAAAGCGUUAUAAAAUCAUGACAGCUUACGAACACAGUGACAUGUUGUACUUAUUUGUAAUUGAAUACUCGGAUAUGAAAGGUUUACAUUUUAAUUUUUAUCGCCCGUUUAAAUCAUGGCACAGUUUGAAUGGGAUGAAGAGGCGCAGCAAAAGUUUGAACAUCUAUGGGCAAUCUACGACAGCGAUGGCAAUGGAUAUCUGACAUUGGAAGAAAUCAAAGCGCAGAAGCUAAAGGAAGGCGCACAACUGUUGGGGACAAACCCGACGGACGAAGACAUUAAAGAUUAUAUGGAUCGUGUAGACGAAAAUGGAGACGGCACAAUCAGCAAGGAAGAAAUGAAGAACUACCUUAUUAACUUUGUGAGGUCUCUUGGUGACCCAAGAGAGAGGCUCGAGCACGCCAUAGACGUUAUGAUGAAGACAAUGGACAUAAACGAGAACGGUCUAAUUGACAAGGAAGAAUUUAGAAAGUUUAUGAAGGUAAAAGGCAAGACGCCUUUAUCUGAUGCUGACAUUGACGAGAUGUUUAAAGCUGUGGAUAGCGACGGAGACGCGGCGACAUUGACCAAAGAUGAAUUGAUGACGUGGAUUCUACUUGGUAUUUCAGCUCCGAAGUAACAAAGACUGUCGACUUUGCAUUUCAUGCCCGUAGUUUUUAGCGACUUUUAUUUACAUGUUUGAUGCAUUAAUGUGUAAGAUACUACACAAACGCUGAAACGCACUCCAUAAUGACUUAUUUAUCUUAUAUUAUUUAUAUAAAAUCGACGUCAUUGUUAUAAUAACAUAAUGAAAGCUAUUAGGAAUUAGCGAAUCGUACUGGCGAACUUUGCAAUGUACAUUGUUGCCGUUUUUCAUAUCGAUAAUAACAUACUCGUAUCAUAAUAACAUAUUCAUUGAGUAUUGCUAUAUACACGUCGUUCUUCUAUUAUGCUAUGUUUACAAAAAUAUAACAAUUCAAUGUGUUAACUUGUUCGUUUAUUUUUAAUAAUAUCAAAGAGGCCGAAAAAUUGUGUACUGAGUGUUAACAAACAGAUAAUAUAAUUAUGCACACACACAAAAUAUACGUUUGGGUAUAAAAGUUGUUGUUUUCAUACACUGGUCACUUCCUCA